CCUAGUUCCAGGGGAGGGGGGAUGACUUUGUCGCCAAUGCCGCGUACAUGAAAGUCUUUCUCUCCUCGACCCUCACCCCCACCCCCACCCCAUUGAAAGGAUCUCCUGAACUCGCCGAACGAUGACGUUCGGGAGCAGGCGGUGUGGGCGCUGGGCAACAUCGCUGGGGACUCGCCGAACUUUCGUGAUUUGGUACUUCAGAGUGGAGGCCUGAAUCCUAUCGCGAUGGUGCUCCGCGAGACGGAGAAGACGUCUAUGAUGCGGAACGCGACGUGGACCCUCUCGAAUUUGUGCCGAGGAAAGCCGCCUCCACCAUUCGAGUGGGUGUCUCCGGCGUUGUCCACUCUGUCGCAAUUGAUUUUCUCUGGUGAUGUCGAGGUCAUCACAGACUCGUGCUGGGCACUCUCCUACUUGUCCGACGGCCCGAACGAGCGUAUCCAGGCCGUCAUUCAGGCCGGAGUGUGCCCGCGGCUGGUGGAGCUUCUGCAGCAUGCCUCGCCCCUCGUGCAGACGCCCGCUUUGCGAGCGGUGGGCAACAUCGCCACAGGCGACGACCACCAGACUCAGGUGGUUCUGCAAGCGGGGACGUUGCCAAAGCUUUCGGGUUUGCUCACGCACGCCAAGAAGGCGAUUCGGAAGGAGAGCUGUUGGACGAUAUCGAACAUCACAGCGGGGAAUCGCGAGCAGAUCCAGGAGGUAAUCAACAACGACCUUAUUCCAAAAGUCGUGGAGUUGUUAGGGACGGCCGAUUUCGACAUCAAGAAGGA